CUGAUCCUAGGGGUUGUUUUGAGUGUUGGACUCUGGGAAGCCCGGGCAGCAGUGGGGCAGCCAUGGAGCUGCUGACUGGGACUGGCCUGUGGCCUUUGGCCAUAUUCACAAUCAUCUUCAUAUUACUGGUGGACCUGAUGCACCGGCGCCAGCGCUGGAUUUCACGAUACCCACCGGGCCCUGUGCCAUGGCCUCUGCUGGGUAACCUGCUGCAGGUGGACCUAGAUAACAUGCCAUACAGCUUGUACAAGCUUCAAAACCGCUAUGGUGACGUGUUUAGCCUACAGAUGGUCUGGAAGCCUAUGGUUGUGAUCAACGGAAUGAAGGCAAUGAAGGAAGUGCUGUUAACCUGUGGAGAGGACACUGCUGACCGCCCUCUAAUGCCCAUCUUUGAGUACCUGGGUUUGAAGCCUGGAUCCCAAGGUGUGGUGCUUGCAUCCUAUGGACCUGAGUGGCGAGAGCAGAGGCGAUUCUCUGUGUCUACCCUGCGCAAUUUUGGCCUGGGCAAGAAAUCUCUGGAAGAGUGGGUGAUCAAGGAGGCUGGCCACCUUUGUGAUGCCUUCACCGCCCAGGCUGGGCAGGCAAUCAGUCCCAGCACCAUGCUGAACAAAGCCAUGUGCAAUGUGAUUGCAUCUCUCAUUUUUGCCCGUCGCUUUGAAUAUGAAGACCCUUACCUCAUCAGGAUGCUGAAAUUACUGGAAAAUAGUUUGACAGAAAUCUCUGGUUUCAUUCCUGAGGUUCUUAACGCGUUCCCGAUACUCCUGCGCAUCCCAAGGCUGGCAGACAAGGUCUUCCAAGGUCAGAAGUCCUUCAUGGCCAUAGUGGAUAACCUUUUGACUGAGAACAGGACAACCUGGGACCCUGACCAGGCACCACGAAAUUUGACUGACGCCUUCCUGGCUGAGGUGGAGAAGGCCAAGGGGAAUCCUGAGAGCAGCUUCAAUGAUGAGAACCUGAGCAAGGUGGUGGGUGACCUGUUUACUGCAGGGAUGGUGACCACCUCAAUCACACUGAACUGGGCCCUGCUGCUCAUGAUCCUGCAUCCGGAUGUGCAGCGCAGAGUCCAACAAGAAAUCGAUGAGGUUAUAGGACAGGUGAGGCGUCCAGAGAUGGCAGACCAGGCCCACAUGCCCUACACCAAUGCUGUCAUUCAUGAGGUGCAGCGCUUUGGGGACAUUGCUCCACUGAUUUUGCCACGUAUCACAAGUCAUGACAUUGAAGUCCAGGACUUCUUCAUCCCCAAGGGGACGAUCCUCCUCCCCAACCUGUCCUCCGUGCUAAAGGAUGAGACUGUCUGGGAGAAGCCCCUCCGCUUCCAUCCUGAACACUUCCUGGAUGCCCAGGGCCACUUUGUGAAGCCUGAGGCCUUUAUAGCAUUCUCAGCAGGGCGCAGAUCAUGCCUGGGGGAGCCCCUGGCCCGCAUGGAGCUCUUCCUCUUCUUCACCUGCCUCCUGCAGCGCUUUAGCUUCUCAGUGCCCGAUGGACAGCCCCAGCCCAGCAACCAUAGAGUCUUUGCUGUUCCUGUUUCCCCCUCCCCCUACCAGCUCUGUGCUGUGAUGCGUGAGCAAAGACACUAAUUCCAGACAUGCCCUGAAGGGCAGGCUGUGCCAGGUAUAAUAAACUAGUCUUGUGUCUGC